AUGCUUUCAAGUCGUUUGUCAGUGGCAGCUCGAUCUGCUGGCCGCUCUGUGGCCUUCUGCCAGACCCGAAGGGGUCUUGCUACCGCUGCAGCCGUCACAUCCAUUAGCCGAAGCCACAAGGUUGUCGUGAUUGGAGGAGGUUCUGCUGGUCUCGCUAUCAGCCAUCAACUUCUCCGAAGUGGCCGCUUCGGCAGCGAGGAGAUCGCUAUUGUUGAUCCCGCUCAACAUCACCACUACCAGCCCGGAUGGACACUUGUUGGAGCUGGUCUCAAGACAAAGGAGGAGCUGAGGAUGAACAUGCCUGAGCUUAUCGACCCCAAGCUCAAGUUCUACAACGUCAGCGUUAACGGCCUUACCCCCGAGGACAACACCAUCACCCUCGGAACUGGCGACAAAGUUAACUACGAGCACCUUGUUGUUGCCCCUGGUAUCAAGAUCAACUACGACAGCAUCAAGGGUCUCCCCGAAGCUCUUGCUGAGCGUAACGGCCCUGUUUCAUCCAUCUACGGCUACGACUUCUGUGACAAGGUCUUCCCCAACAUCCAGCGACUCCAGAAGGGUAACGCCAUCUUCACUCAACCCGCCGGAGUUAUCAAGUGUGCUGGUGCUCCCCAAAAGACAAUGUGGCUCGCUCUCGACCACUGGAAGCAGACUGGUCUCUACGACCCCACCAACCCUUCUGCCUCUCCCGUCAAGAUCAGCUUCGCCACGGGUCUUCCUGUCAUGUUCGGUGUUCCCAAGUACAGCGCCGCGCUUGAGCAGAUGCGCCAAGAGCGAGGUGUCGAGGGUCUUUUCCAGCACGAUCUUGUUGCUAUCGAUGGCAACAAGGCUAUCUUCGCCCGACCUGAUGGACAGGAGAAGGUAACCAAGGACUUUGACUUCCUGCAUGUUGUUCCCAAGAUGGGACCUCAUGAGUUUGUCAAGAACAGUGCUCUUGCCAACGAGGCUGGCUAUGUCGCCGUCAACGACAACACCCUUCGCCACAACAAGUUCGCCAACGUCUGGUCUGCCGGUGACGCCUCCAGUCUCCCCACUUCCAAGACCGCCGCCGCCGUCACUUCCGAGGCCCCCGUUCUCGUUAGCAACCUGCUCCGAGCUAUCGACGGCCAGGAGCCCGAGCCUGCCUACGACGGGUACACCUCAUGCCCUCUCCUUACUGAGUAUGGCAAGGUCAUGCUCGCUGAGUUCAAGUACGGUGGUGUCCCCAAGGAGACCUUCGGAGAGAUCCUUGGUAUUGACCAGGCUGUUCCUCGCCGUUCUUUCUACCACCUCAAGAAGGAUUUCUUCCCCUGGGUGUACAAGAACUACAUGGUUAAGGGAACAUGGGGCGGACCCAAGGGUUGGAUCAAAUAG